GGUCAGAUAUCGUCGAUGCGAUAGCACACGUGCCUCGAUCUCGGAAGUGCAAUUUGACGAUCAUUUCCACGCCUCGCAUAUCAUCUUCUACACUUAUCUUCCCCAGUGGCGUGAUUGUCGAUUGUUCGGCCCAUCUGAAGGGCAAAGCAAAGAAAAGAAAACAGAACACUCUGUGACUUUACAUAUCCAGAUGAUCGAGUGAAGUGGCGAUAGAGUUCAUCGCGAGAAGUCGACAAUAUCACGUUUCUUUUUCCACUCCAGGGUGUUGUGUGUUCGUGAUACUGUUUAGGGACAAUUGGCAUUUCCGUACACAAAACAUGGAAAAUUGCCUGUUUACAUUUUCCUCACAUACUUCCGUGCACACGGAAAAAUAAGCCCGCGAGAGAGAUCAUGUUUGGUGAUCGACACGAGCCAGCAUGACCGCGAGUGUGCACUUGUGCGAAGAUCACCCCCACUGUACAAUCAACAAUUGAGCCCAAAAUUGUUUAUACUGCUAAAGUCAGACUACAGUGUAAAUAUUUGUUCGUCAUUGCAGCAAGAGUCGCUUCGUCUUGCUGCACUUUUCCUCCUUGCACAUUGGCGGAAAAGUAUCCGUAUUGUGUUCACACACAAAUCUCUGUUCAUCCACCGCAAAAUUGUGUGUUUUUUUUCAUCCUCUCUGCAAGGGAGAUGCAUUUCAGCUGCUAUGGUGUGAAAGUGUGAAGGAAAGUGUUAAUUUGUGAUUGUGUGUAAGGGAAAAAAAGACACCCAGAGAAAAGAGAGUGAUUCAAGUGAGGCAAUUGACAAAGAAGCCACGAGAGAGAUUCGCAAAAAGAAAAUAUAAGUGCAGCACUAAAUAAACACCAGGCCGAGAAGGAGACACGCAGGUUUAACAUUUCGCUCUUGCGUGCGCACGAAGGACACACACCACAGAGUCAUGAAUAGCAGAUAUAAUACAAUAUUUUAAAUGAAAUUAGUGGUGGGAAAGACUUGCAGGUCCGCAACAUUGUUGCGAAUUGUGUGAAGUGAAAGAAACUCCUUGGUAGAUACCCUGUUAUUUAUUGCAAUCACUUCGUCAUCUUCACAGUGCGUUGAUCAAUCAUCUCUAUUGCGGCAAGACACUCCAAAGGAGCAAAGCACGACAACCACACUUACACACAAUCCAUCUUUCACGUCGCAAGAGACAACUUAAAGGGCUAAAAUGGGACUCUGGCCAUUGAGAAUUGUAAUCACUCUUCUCUGUGCAAUUGUCAUCGAUGGGGCAACGACACACAGGAGAUUUGGCAAUUACUCAACGACUGAUAGCCUCGCGAUGAUACGCUGCCAGGUCAAAUGCCUGGAUAAGCCACCAAAUAUGUGCAAUCUCGAGGCGUGCAUGGAGGAGUUGAGGGCCACGGCGAAGCUUGGCAUCUGCCCGAGCAUUCCCACCGAGCAUGAGCACCUAUUCGCGUGUCGGGACGUGUGCCACGGGUCCGAUUGGCGGUGCUCCGAUGUCCAGAAGUGCUGUCGCCACUCCUGCGGCACUCUGUGCAUCCGCCCCACUGGCGUGGACCGCAAUCCCCUGCUGCCACCCAUGCCGUACAAUUUGCAGCUCCACGAGAAACGCCCCGGCGUGAGAACAGUGGAGAUGUCCUGGGAAAUCAAGCUGCACAUCAACAGGACGGCACCGAUGGUGUUCCUCGUGGAAGGGCGAUCGCACUUGGGGGCGUUCUUCAGCGAACAGAAGCUCGGCCCGUGGAAUGCCUUUGCAGUUCAGCCAGUCUAUGAGAUCAAGUACAGAGAAGUCAAGGUGGAGAAGAAAAAGCACGUGGGCAAUGUUAAGCUUCGGCCAGGACGAUGGUAUCAAUUCCGUGUGGCUGCUGUGAAUGAAAACGGCACGAGAGGCUACUCCACGUACACCAAGCCCUUUCAGUUGACAGAGAACGUGAGACUCAUUCCGCCGCCCCAGAAUCUCACAUUCGGACCAAUGCAAAUCGCCGGGAAUUCUACAAUCUUCACUGUGGCGUCCUGGAGAGCGCCCGAGAGUGAGAAGCCCAUCACAAAGUACAAAGUCUCCUGGUUUAUUCGCGGCAGGAGAAAAUUGUUACCAAUUAGCCAAAGUACUGUCCCUCAGUCAGUAAACUCUAUGGAGUUGGGAAAUCUCCAGCCAAAUUCCGUGUAUUGUGUUCAAGUGCAGGCCAUUUCGGGCAUUGGGAAGAAUCGCCUAAAGUCCAGACGAGAGACAAAGUUGCUCAACACUACAAUUCCAGGAAGCUUCGUCCUGGCCGCCCUGGACUCUCCGCCCUCCCUCGUGACAACAUCAGGCUGGACAGUGUUCCAGGAUGGCAUAGCGGGCAAGCUGGACCAUCGCCACGGCGUUAGACACGGUGGUCACAGCAUCACCAUGAGAUACCUGGCCACGAAGCCCGGCGAGAUGACCGUGAAGGCCAGCUGGUCUGGAAGUCCUCACGAAAGCUAUGCUAUUGAUCUCUGCCGGGGAAAACACUGCCUGGACAAUCCCACUUCGGGAGAUUAUCGCAGCGAGAAGACGCACAGCAACUCCUUCGAGUUCUUCAACCUCCGAUUCGCCACGCUGUACAGCAUCCGGCUGCGGGUCACGAAUCACGCUCUAGCUAAGCAUCACAACUUCGUGAGGACCUUCUCGACGCCACUCUGCGAGAAUUUCCGCAAAAAGCACUCUCUGGCCAUCAAGUGUUGAUCAUCCUCUUAAGUUAUUUGUCCACCCACAAUAAUAAAGCGCGUAAGAGCGAAUUCUCUG